AUGGCGACGGAGAUUGAAGCUCCAGUUCAAGUAACUGAGCCUGAUCCUUCUUCGCAAAUCUAUAAGGCAACAUAUUCUGGCGUUCCAGUUUGGGAGUUUCGCGUUCGAAGUGUAGCGGUUAUGCGCAGAAAAACAGAUUCCUGGCUUAACGCUACGCAAAUUUUAAAGGUUGCUGAAUUUGACAAACCACAUAGAACUCGUAUUUUAGAACGCGAAGUCCAAAAGGGUGAACACGAAAAAGUUCAAGGUGGCUAUGGAAAAUAUCAGGGAACAUGGGUACCAUAUCAAACAGGUGUUGACCUAGCAGAACGAUAUCACGUAAAGGAACUUUUACAACCGAUAAUAGAAUUUCAACCAUCAUUAGAAAGUCCACCUUUAGCGCCAAAGCACGUUACUGCCGCGUCAAAUAAACCACGUAAACCACGUGAACCUAAAGAGCCCAAACCAAUAAAGCCAAGGCUUCCUAAAAAGCCCAAGAAGCUAGAACCACAGGCUGAAACCGAAAUUAUGUCAGUGGAUACCGACCACGAAACUGCCGAUAUAGCCAGUGUUGUAUCGUCUAACGCAUCAAUAUCACCAAUUUUUUCCUCAUUAUCUGCAUCACCUGCUCCAGUUGAGUCAUCAAAUGAUUUAUCAGAAUCAGAUGAAACUCAUACUGUCUCGGCGGUACUAAAGCAGAAAAGAAAACGUAAGCAAGCAGACACGGGUGGUCGUGCAAACAAAGUCGCGAAAACUACGCAGCAAUAUUCUAACACAAUCGAAUAUGGUAGUCUUCUGUUAACGUAUUUCACGACAAAUUCGGAUUCUAUUCCAGAGUUUAUUUUGCACCCACCAUCAGACUUUGAUGCUAAUAUUAUAAUUGAUCAACAAGGCCACACUGCACUUCACUGGGCUGCAGCAAUGGCAAAUUUUGAAAUGGCUUCGUUGUUGGUAAAGGCUGGGGCAGAUCCUGAUCGUGGUAAUGUUCAUGGAGAAACUGCCCUUAUGAGAAGUGUCAUGUUUCCGUAUAAUUAUGAAAAUAGAUGUUUUCAUGAUAUAGUACAACUUUUGAUUAGGACAAUUGGUAAUCUUGAUAUUCAUGACCAAACAGUAUUGCAUCAUAUAGCCAUUUAUGCUACUACUAAAGGUCGAAUUGGUCCAUCAAGAUAUUACAUGGAAGUUGUACUUGCAACGUUAGCACAACAUCCUAAUGAUGAAUAUCGUAGAACUAUUAUCAACAAGCAGAAUGACGCUGGUGACACAGCUCUUAAUAUUUCUGCUAGAUGCGCAAAUAAACGACUCGUAAAACUUCUUGUUGAUGCUGGGGGAGAUCCUCAAAUUAGAAAUGCAAUGGAAAAAAACGCGGAAGAUUACAUAUUAGAACUAGACCAUGAUCUCAAAUUUAGAGCAGAACAAAAUCGGGUGCAAAACCAGUCUUAUAACAACAACACUGAAAAUCAUGUAAAUAGUACGCCAUCAACGCCGGUAGUUGCUCCUGCGGGUCCUAGUCGAGUAGAAUUUUUAUUACAAGACACCAACACUAUCUUACAAGAUUUUAAGGAUCUGUACGUUAAUCAAAUACAAGUGAAAGAUAAAGAGCUUUCCGUGUUUCAGGCGCAAUUAGCAUCUAAUAGCGAAGACCUUGAAAAAACCAAUCGUAUGAUUGAAGGGUUGAGAGAAAGAACCCGAACUUUACCUAUGCGGAAGGAACGUGUGAAUGAUUUAAUUAAUUUAGUGAAAGACAAAAUCGAAAGUCAAAGAAAUAGAAGGUUGGAAAAUUUAGUCUCGGAAGAAAAGUCAAAAAUUGGACCAAUUGGAGACGCAAAUCAAGAUAGAGUCAAAGAACUUACGCAACAGUUGGAAAGUUUAAAAAUUGAAAGGCUUCAACUGCUUAACACAUUGAUAGAAAUAAAGAAGACACCUGAUACUAAUCUCUCACCUUACAAACGAGUAAUUAGUAUGUUUUCUGGAAUGCCAUCACCUCAGCAACCGUCAUAUCCGUAA